AUGCCAUUUUACUUAUCAUUUUUCCUCACUCUAAGUGCUGUAAUGUGGUUUGUCUAUGAUGUCUUUCUUAAAGACAUUUGCAUUGUUAUCCCAAAUGUGUUGGGCUUUGCUUUGGGAUUACUUCAGAUGUUGCUAUAUGCCAUAUACAAUGAUGGAGCUAAAGAGAAGGUGGUUAUAACUGAGGAGCAUGCACUAGAGCAAAUGGAAAACGUUGUUGUGAUGAGCCCAUCGGGAACGUGUGAAGUAUACAUGAUCCCAAUUAUUAAUGAUGUGGAUGAUAAGGGAAAGGAAGGUGAAGAAGAGAAGGAGAAAAGUGGAGAAGACAAGGAUUGCCAUGCAUGA